AUGAACUCUGACGACUACUACGAUCCUGACGAUGUCGUGCAGCGCAGUUCGCCGAUGCUUCGGCCAGUGCAACCCAGGCUGAAACCAGACACACCUGAUGGAACCGACGACGAAACAGACAUCGAGGACGUGAUUGACAAUUCUAUACCAUGGAACCCAGCCCUCAGAAAUAGAAAGCGACGGCGUUCAACCGACCGCGGUCUGCAGAACGACCGACCUAGGAACAAAUGGAAGGAUGCACUCCUUAUUCAUCAAAUGGAUCCACGCCAGGGCUGGGGUCUUGCCAACGCAGUUUCAAGAACCCUUGCACCGGCUGACGCCGUCACGGAGCCCGUUAUGGAUUCCCUAACAAACGCAACCCCAAAUUCGCGGCGGCGAAAACGAUUUGUCCUGCCUCUCCUUGUGGCUAGCCCAAAGAUUUCUGCUGAAGGUAUACUUACAGAAGUUGAAGCAUGCCCUGACAGUGGUUCCGACGAAAACAUCAUUUCUCUAGGGUUAGUGAAUCAAUUGAAGGUUGAGAUGCAAGCCAUCCAAGCUGAGCCGAAGGAAUUCUCUCUCGCCAACGGGAAGGUUGUUCAAGCACUAGGUUGCGUGCACAUCGCAUGUGGUUUCGCUGUCGGAACUCCCCUACCUACGCCAUCGAUUGAGUGUGUCUUCUACGUGUUCAACACCCUUGCCGUUCCAAUGAUCAUGGGAAUGGGGUUUCUCGUUGCCACCGAAACUCUGAGUAAGCAUACAGAUCGCCUUCUUGAACAGACGAUAUCUGGUAUGCAAGCUCUGAGGGUAAACAGCGUGGGGAAGUCUAAACGAAGUGCUGCCUGUCGCCUUGACGAUCUUGUUGGAUACGCCACCGUGGAUACAGGCUCGGACUUGAAUUUCGUGCAUCCCGGCGUUGUAGCGCAGGGUAUGUUUACCGUUGAGCCAGCCGUCGAGUACUUGGAAUUCGCAGACUGCAGCAUCGGGUCCACGUCUGGCGUUUUUGAGGCGCAAUUUUCUAUCGGUAUCGAAGACGAUUCGAAAGAGUUCCAGUCACGGACACGAUCCAUAAACCUGGAAUUCUACGUUCUCAAUGAUCUCAGCACAAAUAUUCUCAUUGGUCAAGACACCGCCAAUGACCUCGAAGUAAUGACUGCGCACCUGGAUUCACUCCUGGUCGAAUCUGCAAAUUCCGCAGUCCACAUCAUUCGCCACCAGGGAAAGCUUGAACAACGCGUCAAGAGAGGGCUAAAGCAAAUUAAGAACAUAUUUACCAAUUCUAGGACGGGUCCCAGUCAGUUCAUCUCAUAUCACUGCAACUCACAUCCCAGGCUUACAGCUGCAGGCACAGUAACCGAGCAAGAGACUCCAGUCACCUUUGAACUUCAACGGGAGAAUGCAAAGUAUGAAAGAGAGCGUAUAACAGCCACUAGGCCAUCUGAGUCGACUUUAGAAACGAGCAUGAGGCUCUUGCCUGCUAUAAUAAGUGAGAGCUCUCCAAGAUCCCCACCGGAUGCAUAUCGCACUUUAAGCCCCGACGCUUCAGUUGACCUACUAAAUAUAUCCUCUUCCCACGAAUCUACAGGUUCGUCCUCAGUGGCAACACCAUCUACUGACAAUUCUUCGCCAACUGCGAUGAAUGAUGAAACGCCAAUCAAUGGGUAG